GAGGGGCCCUGGGAGGCCAGGGCAGGAUGAAGAUGGGGGCCUGUGUGAGCUGGAGCCAGGCCAAUGCUGGACUCAGGCAUCCCCAGAACCAGACACUGCUCUUGGGCUGCCCAGUCCCCUUGGGCUGCCAGGAACCUGGGAAAGCACUCACAACGGAGGGAACCAGGCAGCAAACCGCAGGGGAAGCCCCCGAUGGGAUUCUGGUCCAAGCCACAGAGUCACGGCCCCUGGCUGGGUGGCAGAGAAGCCCUGUACAGAGCUCAGUUCCCAUGGGCCUUGGAACCCUUUGGAUGGAGCAGAGGGGAGCUGGAGGGUGGGCCGCUGCCCUCUCCCCACCCUGACCCCUGUCUCCUCAGCCUCCUUCUGCUCCCCUCAAGCUUCCCCAUCUUCCAGGGGAUGAGAGAGUCCCAGAGGCAGCCAGUGUCUCAGGGGCCCUGCCCUGGAGGAGAACGAACAGUGACUAAGAGUUGGAGACCCACAGGGGUUUGGCUGCAGGGGACCCCAGAGCAGCCCAAGCCCCCAUACCCCACUCCCACCUUCGGGGCCCUGCGCCCUCUGACAGGCCUCUGGAUGUGCCCCACCUUGACCAUAGCUGCCUGUCUGUCAAGUCCUGGGAGCCAGCAAAGUCCACCCACCCAGCCACUGCUGCCUGCCACCGUUGAUCGGCCCUCUAGGGAGAGCUGUGACCAGGCUGCCCAGAGCCCCGUGGCUGCAUUCAGGGGCUCUCUCCCUCAGUUCUCAGCUGCAGGCCUGAACUCUCACAGAGGCUGAGGGCCCUUCAGAGUCCAUGGCAGGGGAGGCCACAGCUCAGAGAAGGGGUGGAUCGCCCCCACCCACCCCCAGGACUCAUUGUGCCCUGGGAGGAAGGGUGCCAUGUGGGACACAGCAAGGACAGCUUGGAGCUGAGCACAGCCUGGAGGAAUGCCUGGGGCUGGAGGAGAGGGGGACGAGGAAGAUGGAGCCAAGGAGGCUCAACACGGGUCCAGUGGCCCUAGGAGUGUGGCCUCUGCUUCUCUGGCUCUCCUCUCACACUUGGUCCCAUCUGCAGUGAAGGCUGAAGAGUAGGGGCUCUACCAGCUUGGAGCUACUGGAAUAAGCACCUAGGGAUCAAUGCGGCAUCUCCACUCCACUGCCCCUGCCCCCUGGAACAAAUGUCACUGUUAGGAGGGCGACGCAGCUAGGGCCUUGAUGGGUGGCUGGGGGGCCACUCUGGAAUGGAUGUGGGGAGAGAGGAAGGGACAGAAGGUAAUCCUAGAGGACAGCAGGGAAGAGGCAUCUCUUUCCUACAUCCAGGAGGGGGCACUAGAAGAGGGACUCAGAUUGAGGAACCCAGAAGCCUGGUGCCAGGACAUACUCAUGCACACACACACACACACACACACACACACACACACAUAUCCAUCCUCCCUAUCAGGAGGGUGUGGCCACGACCUUGGGGUGCAAGUAGGAGGGGGCUUAAUUUCCUGGGGAAAACCGUGCCCCUAGACCCCCACUCCAUUUGCGAUCCCACGACGGCACACUGACAGCCCUGCCUCUCCUGAAAGCAGGAUGUCCUGUGGGAGAGCGGCAGGGGGCUCAGGACUGGGACCCAGGGAUGCCGCCUGUCACUGUGUGAGCCUAUGCAAGUCACUAACCCUAUGGGGCCCCACUGUCCUCUCUUGUGAAAGAGGGCACUAACUCUACCUCUCAAGACUGCUUUCGAGCAUCAAGUGAAGUGGCAGGGACCUCCUGCCACCAACUAAAUGCCUUGUGAUUGCUGGUCCUCAAGCUCUUCUCCAGCUCUAGCAUGUGCUUUGUCUACACUUUGCACCAUAAAUUGGAAGGGGCUGGGGAGGGUAGAAGGGCACAGAGGCAGGCCUCAGGUGGUGGGUGCUGGACCUAGACGGAGGCCUUUGGCUGUGCCCUGAUGUCAGGGUAGCUGUUAGGGGACCACCCCCAUCCCUGUUGACAGAGGAUGAGAGGCUCCUGGAGUUGGGUGAGCUGCACCAGGUGCCCACCCUUGGAGGCUGCUCCCACAUGAGCUCCCCAGGAAGGACACAGGGCCCUGGGAAAGGGGUACAGAGCCCUGCCCUGGGGGGCUCCAGCUCUGCUGGGCCUGGGUGGCCUCCUCAGAGCCCCAGCCUCUCACUUUCUCCCUGUUCUUACCCUUUCCCCUAGAGCUUCAGGAGGACCCAGAUCCCCAGGGCAGGGAAGUGCUGGGCAGAGAGGGUUGCACACAGUCUGCUGCUGCUGUUAAUGGUUAAGGCAACAAAACUUCCUGAGCAUUCGGCUGUGACAGUGGGACACACCCAUGAAGGGCUUCCUGUCAUGACCAAGGGCCGGGACAUGAAAAGAAAACCCAGCACGGAGGCAUGUCUGCUGUGUGGAGCAUAGCAGACACAUCUGUCACCAUGGGACACCUGCGCCGGCAAGCAAGCCUCAAGUUCACGGUUCUCCCAGAUGGCUGCAAAAGUCCCCACACAGCCCCCCAGCUCCCAGGCAGGCCUGGACCGCUGGGUACCUCCACAGGGUCUCCUAACUGUGUCAGCCUCUCUUUCUACAUCCCAACCCCAGUGGCAAUAAGGAAGAAGAGGCUGAGCACGAGGGAGCCAGCAGUAGCCACAGAGCCCCCCCAGAGCCUCAGUCCAGUCUAGAGAUCGAGGCCUUUCCGGGCCCACAUGUAGCGCCUGCAGCCGGAAGGUUCCCUCCUCCCAGGCCACCCACAGACCCUGUUGGAGCACUCUUCUUCUCCUCGGACCAGCUAGGGGUGCUGUGCUGAACCCCCUCCCCGAGCCGAAGGCUCCCAGUCUGCUGGGCUUCCCUCUUCCCUCCCGCCCCUCCCAGCUCAAGAAGAGGGCCAUGGCCCAGGGGGCCAAGCACCUGUUGCCUUCUGUCCUGCUGAUGGUCCUGGCCUCAGGCUCCUGGGAACAGAGGUCACAAGUGCUGCAUAAACUGGAAGGGGAGAGAGUCUCUGUGCAGUGCCCGUAUCGGUCCUGGGCAGGUUCGAACGCGGCGAGAGCCUGGUGCAAGCGCUUUCCAGCAAGUGUUUGUGCCUUGUUAGCCACCCACCCCAGGCUCCGGGAUGUGCCCCAGGAGCCUCGGACCUCCAUUCGGGAUGAUUCCAAAUCAGGCUACUUCACCGUGACCAUGACUGGGCUCAGGGUGGAGGACUCCGGAUAUUAUUCAUGUGUAUUCUACCAAUCCUCCGAGAUCUUCGUUCUCAGAAAUUUCCGUCUGGUGGUAUCUCGGGCUUCAACCGCGCUCACCACCAGGAGCACCAGUGGGACCACACCCUGGACCUCCGCCACCAGUCCUGUCAUUGACAGCCCCCAAGAUAACUGGCGUCUCAUCGUUCCCAGCUCAACGGUGGCCGUCGUGCUGCUGCUGCUGCUCACCGUCCUCCUGAUCCUGUACUUGAGGAAAGCCCGAGGAAACGCCACCGGGAAAGGUGAGGACAAAUCCCACAUCUAUGACAGCAUUUCGGUCCAGAAGGAGCCGACCCCUGAGCAUAAGAACGACUCCUCAUCAAGGCAGAGGCGACCUCAGCUUUCCUGGGGCUCCGAUCAACAGAUGGGCUCUGACGAGGAUGCUGGGGCCAUUUGCUAUGCCUCACUUACCUACCUGAACCACUUUGGCCUUGAGGACUCCAUCUAUGUCAACACCCACCCCAACCCGAGGCCCACACCUGACCCCCUUCUGACUGUGGAAUAUGCCAGGAUCACUGGAAACAGACCCCAACACUCCAAGUCGACUUCCCUGGAGGGGGAAACUCAGGAGCUGAAGGCAGACUUCACUGGACAGUGAGCACUUAGCCAGUACCUGUGAGGCAUGGGGUUGCUCUACCAGUGACAUGGGGACUUCAGUGGGACAAAGAUGGUCCCAAACCAGCAAAAGGUCAUCCCUUCCUACAAAGGAGGUGAGGAAGGGGGAGGAAAGGAAAGUCCUUAUCACUCCAGAGGAGAGAAGCUUUGAGUCUAAAGGCUGUGAUGGGCAGGCUGUGGUGCUGGGAGCCGCGUCUGCCUUGCUGGAUGACGCAGUCACAGCAGGCAACUGGCAGAUGUUGGCACAGCUCCUGCCAUGAAGCAAAACUGGUAUCUCCUUCUACUAUUGGCUCAUAAAUGGAAUGGGACUGCUGUUAUUG